CUCCGUAGCAACUCUCGCGUCGCUAGGCUUUUCGUCUUAAAUACUGUUUUUUCUUGCCUGAGUCUGCCAACCAUGUCCACGACGUCGACUCCCAACGACUCUCCUGUUCACGUCCACCCUCUGCACAACCCCUCUCAGGCAGCACAUGUCUCAGUGCCGCAGGCGCCUCUAGGGAACGCCACGAAUGGGGCGACUACGGCGACAGCACCGGGUCUGGGGACGAAAGCACUCCUCGCGAAGCGUUUUGCAAAGACCAACAAUCCCACCUACGUCUCGCCCACAGACAACCUCAUGACACCAUGCACACAGAAGAUUACUGCUGCGAAGAAGAAGCAUUUCACAAAGGGCGCAAAGCCAAUGCAACCCCUCUUCGGCCAGAAGGAACUAUCUUCAGAAGAAGACGAGGACGAGGAUGAGGACUUGCAGACUCCUAGAAAACCUGCGCAGCAAGCCGACAGCAAGAUGGACGACGACGAGAACCCAUUUUAGACUGCCAAUCCGUUCCACUCGUCGAGUGUACAUAGGAUCGCUUCACUACUUCCUUGGUCCCCGAGGAUCAUGAUAUGAUAUUGAUGUCGAUCUUCGCCUUCGUUGUCCCUGUCCCCACGGCACGCGUCUGGUAACGUUGUAUACCACUUGUUUGGUUGUAUACUAUGGCUCGUCUAUAUAUGGCUAUUGAUUCGCAUGCUUGCUAUUAGCUUUGUUGUCGGAAUGUUGUCAAUGUUAACCCUUGUUGUCC